AUGUCAAAUUUUACAACAGCUAUUCAAAAUAUUAGAAAUAAUAUAGACACGGUAAUUCAUGAAGAAUGGCAAUCACAAGAUCCACAAGAACUAAACUUAAACGACAACACCCAAUCAGGUCCAAGUACAAGCAAGAAAAGACGGUUUGUUGAAAAGGAGGACCCCAUUCCUAAUUUAAGAACAUGUAAAGAAAUUUGUGAUACAAUAGUAGUGCAGCUACAUAUAAAUUUACUGCCUCUUCGUCAUAUUUUUCAAUAUCUUGACAGAGAAACUUCAGGACCUCGUGUAUACUCUGAAGCUAUAGGAAAAAUGUUGGAAUCUUACGAAAAAUCGCUCGUUUUAAAUUUUGUUCCUAUUGUUAACCCUUUACCAGAAUUAGACGCUGCAGCUAUUAGGAAUCUUAGCACUGAUCAAAAGUACUUAUAUGAAAUGUGUUACUCAAUUUCUAGAAAAAACUGGUCAUUAAAUCUAGCAGCUCGUAAUUCAGGAACAAUCGCUGAAAAAGAAAACCAUCGUUUUGUGAUGGAGGAAGACACGUCUUUAGAAUGA